CUCAAAUCCUUUAUCAGAUCGACCCCGCGAUGUAGAAUCAAUGGCCAACGCCGACUCCAACAACACGGAACACGCAUCCGGUAGAACUGCUAUAAUUCUUUACGGUUCAGAAACUGGAAACUCCCAGGAUGUUGCUGAUGAGCUUGGGCGCCUCGCAGAGAGGUUGCACUUCUCAGCGCAUGUUUGCGAGCUGAACGCCAUUAAAGCGGAAUCUCUAAAUGACUAUGACGUGACGAUAUUCGCGGUCUCGACGACUGGACAGGGCGAUUUCCCUUCCAACGCUCGGAUUUUCUGGAAGUCAUUGCUGCUGAAGAAGCUUCCGCCAACAUUUCUCCAGGGUGUAAACUUCGCGCUCUUUGGAUUGGGGGAUAGUUCGUACCCAAAGUUCAACUGGGCAUCUCGGAAGCUUUACAAGAGAUUAUUGCAGCUUGGUGCAAACGAGCUGUACCCAUGCGGCGAAGCAGAUGAGCAACAUCCGGAAGGUCUCGAAGGCACCUUCGUCCCGUGGUCGCUGGACCUACGAAAGCAUUUAUUGGACAAAUUCCCGCUUGCGCCUGACCAACACCCGAUCUCAGAUGACGUUCAGUUACCACCAAAAUGGGUGCUCGCGCGCCGGGAAUAUAGCCCAGUCGAAAGCACCACUACGUAUCCGGGUAUAGCACUGCCAAAAGUACAAUCUGGGGAACAACUAGAAAAUGGCAGCAUCCCUUCGAAUUUUUCUCAUGACCUGCGACCCAUUCCGAAUACUGUCUCCGCGACAUUAGUCGCGAACGAUCGACUCACACCGCAGACCCAUUGGCAAGAUGUCCGCCACAUUAUUCUCAAGAUUCCCGAGUCAAUUCGAUACGUCCCAGGCGAUAUCCUACAAAUAACUCCUCGGAAUUUCGCUGGCGAUGUAAACUCACUAAUAACCAUGAUGGGCUGGGAGAACGACGCCGACAUACCUUUACGUUUUAUUCCCAAUCCUAAAUAUGUGUCAGCCAAGAACUUAUCUUCUCCCGAGAUCCCAUUUCUGUUGAAUUCGCCCGGCUUCACCCUCAGAAACCUACUCACUGACUAUUUAGAUAUAAUGGCCAUACCACGACGAUCCUUCUUUUCCAACAUUGCUCACUACACUGAGGACCCUAUGCAUAAAGAGCGACUCUUGGAGUUUACUGAUCCAGAAUACAUAGACGAGUUCUACGACUACACCUCGCGACCCCGUCGGUCAAUCCUCGAAGUCUUGUAUGAGUUUGAAUCCGUGAAGAUCCCUUGGCAACACGUUUGUGCCGUGUUCCCCGUCCUUCGCGGACGGCAAUUCAGUCUUGCCAGCGGUGGGAAACUGAAAACCACCGAAAGUUUACCUGGUAGCCAUGUUACAAGUUCUGGCACUCGCUUUGAUCUCCUGGUCGCCAUCGUCAAAUACCAAACAGUAAUUAAAAAGAUUCGUGAGGGUAUAUGUACGCGCUACCUUGCAGUGCUUCGCCCAGGGAGCACAUUGAAAGUCCAAGUGCAAAAAGGCGGACUCAAUUCCUCAAUGCGACAGCUCUUGGAGCCUACAGUACUGAUCGGGCCUGGCACAGGAGUCGCACCACUUCGCUCUAUGUUAUGGGAAAAGGCUGCCAUGGCGACUACAUUUCGACAAAAGCAUGGCCCUGACGUACCGAUGCUUUUUGGUCCUAUUAUCCUGCUGUAUGGCGGGCGGAAUAGAAGAGCAGAUUUCUUUUUCGAGGAUGAAUGGGAUGAGUUGAACAAGGUGCUCGAUAUCACGAUAUUAACGGCGUUCUCAAGAGAUCAGAAACAGAAGAUAUACGUGCAGGACCGCAUCCGCGAGCAUGCCGCGUUGUUUUUUAGAGUAUUACAUGAUCUGAAUGGCACUGUCUAUAUUUGUGGGUCGUCAGGUAAAAUGCCUCAGGCGAUUAGGGAGGCGCUUAUUGAAGGCUUCCAAGAGUUCGGGAAGAAAGAAAGUGAGUCCGGUGAAAGGCAGAGGUAUAGUCGAGAGGAGGCAGAGAAGUAUUUGAUGGAUAUGGAGAAAGUGGGGCGGUAUAAGCAAGAGACUUGGUGAAGUGUAGCUGGUUAAACUGAGGUGAGAGAAAUAUAACCGAUUCAUACUAGAUAAUGCCAUGCCAUGCAAUCACAUAGACCGUGUUUUACAUUAUCCUGUUUCUGAGAAACCUGAUUGAUUCGGAAAUUAGCAGAACUUGACAGAAGUCCAAAGAAGUUUAGUUACUCACACUACUCUGAAAAUAUCAAGAGAGGUUGAGCAUGAUGAGAAAAGUUUUGUUCCGUGUACAGGCGGGACAUAUGUCACGUGAGUCAGGGUUCCGGCAAACCUCGGUUGCCGAAUCCGGCGAUCUGAGU